CGUCUUUCUUGAUUGGCUUCAAUUCUUUCCUCUUUCUCUCUCUCCUUUGGCUCUCUCUUUCCUCUGUUUCGUUUCAUUACCAAUCUCCAGACAUUUCUUCCCCUUUAACGUGGGUCCUUCAAUUUCUUGAAGGACCCAACCAUUAUUGUUAAUCCCCUUUGAAAAUUUCCCUCUUUUUCUCUUUUUUUGAAUUUUUAGGCUUUUAGAUUUACAUAAUGAUGAAUUGUUUCCCCUGUUUCACUUCACAAAAGAGUAGUAAUCCUCCUUCUGGGAACGAGACUAACGAACACGUUGAAAAUGAAUUCAGACCACCACCUGUUGCGGCGGUAAAACAUAUAGAGGAAAGAGAAACAGAGCAACCACCGGUUAAAACAUUCAAUUUCCGGGAACUAGCGACCGCCACCAAGAACUUCCGGCAAGAAUGUCUUCUCGGAGAAGGUGGUUCCGGUAGGGUUUACAAAGGAACCCUUCAAUCGACUGGCCAGUUGGUAGCUGUAAAGCAGCUAGACAAGCACGGACUACAUGGCACCAAAGAGUUUCAAGCUGAAGUCUUAUCAUUAUCCAAACUCGAACACCCAAAUCUCGUCAAGCUUAUAGGUUACUGCGCUGAUGGAGACCAACGCCUUCUAGUCUUUGAAUACGUCUCUGGUGGCUCCCUUCCUGACCAUCUUUUCGAGCAAGAGCCAGGUCGGAAACCAAUGGAUUGGCUCACGAGGAUGAAGAUCGCCUUCGGUGCAGCGCAAGGACUGGACUACUUGCAUGAUAAAGUGAACCCACCGGUGAUAUACCGUGACUUGAAAGCUGCUAACAUCUUGUUGGACGAUGAGUUUUACCCUAAGCUUUGUGACUACGGUUUGAAUAACCUAGCUCCCGGGGCAGGUGACAGCAUGUUUCACUCUUCAUGUGUUAUGGACACUUAUGGCUACUCCGCGCCUGAGUACACUCGAGGGGAGGAACUCACCGUCAAGUCGGAUGUGUACAGCUUUGGAGUUGUGUUGCUCGAACUCAUCACCGGUAGAAGAGCUGUUGACACCACUAAACCUAACGAUGAACAGAAUCUAGUUGCUUGGGCACAACCGAUAUUUAGAGAUCCUAAAAGGUAUCCGGACAUGGCGGAUCCUCUACUGAAGAAGAACUUCUCGGAGAGAGGGAUAAACCAAGCGGUGGCGAUAACAUCCAUGUGUCUACAAGAGGAACCAACCGCUCGUCCUUUGGUAAGCGAUGUGAUGGUUGCGCUUAGCUUCCUUUCAAUGUCUACCGAAGACGGUAUUCCAAACGCGUUGCCGGUAUCAUCCUUCAGGGACAAGAGCAUGUCCAUCGCUUUGAGCAGACAUGGUUCUUGUUCUGUUACUCCCUUUUCUCUUCUUCAGAAAGAGGGAGACGACGACUCGUCCAGUGUUUCAUCAGAGUCAGAAGAUGAUGAUGAUGAUGAUGAUGAAAAGAAAGAAGAGUCAAAAGGUAGUAAGAAGAAGAAGCAAGAGGAGGAUUCAGAUGAUGAGUCUGGUUCAGAUGAUGAGAAGGGUCAAGAAGAGGAGCAUUCUCAGUUAGAGAAACCUGGAAGCGCUUCUAGGAGCAGUUCCUCUGACUCUGGAAGCGAGAGAGAAAGUCCCAUUGAUGAAAGUAACGCAAAUGCACAGAGUUCGGAGAUAAAAUACAGUUACAGCUCUGAGGAAGAGGAAGAAGAAGAUAACGAGAGGCUAAGCAGUAAAAGCAGCUGUAAAUCAGACAACGAAUGCACUUCUUUCCGGUAUGACAGCGAGCCAAAGAACACAAGUAUUGCUCAUGAUGAUCAUAGUGAUGAUGAUGAGGAGGAGGAAGAAGAUGAGGAUGAGAAUCAUGAAACUCGGCUUGAGCACGUUCAAAGCUCAAAAUCUGAAGCCCAAAGUAUUUAUUCAGAUGAUGAUGAUGAUGAUGAUGAUGAUGCAGGUGAGUCUUCUUUGAAUAGGUUUGAACCAAAGGAAGAAGACCACGGUUCUUCUGAUGAAGAGUGAAAAUCUUUUCAAAAGUUUUUUUUUCUCAGAAGUCAUCUUUGAGCACAUUUUCAACAUGAAAAGAAAUUGUUUCAACUUUUCAUUUUUGAAACAACACAGAUUGACACAUUAAAUCUAAUAUACAUAUGUCACACUUUUAUGUAAAUAUAUCUUGAAUACUGUAUGUUAGGAAGAAAAUGUUUACAAUAACAUUUUAUCUAACCAUUUGUUUUCCUUAGUC